CUCUUCCUUUGAGAAGUAGAUCCUAAUAUUUUACAUUGCCUUUUUUCUCGCAACAAGCAAAACUUGUAAAGAAAAAGUGUACUUAUUAUUUUUCCCACCCUGUUGAACAUGGCGCAAAAAAGAUUAAUUGAUACAGCUAUCAUCAGUUCCCUGCAAGAUGAGUACCGCACUUUGGACAUAUGGCCCAAGUUAAAUGCCUCGAAAUUGCUCAAAGUUUAUAACAACUACGAUUCAUUAUGUAAAGAAAUUAACUCACAAUCGAGUGGAAGUGUAGAAAAUGAUGUCUGUAUGGCUUUUUUUGGAUACGUAGAGGAUGUUGUUAGAGGAGAACAUCAUGAUACAUUGCGAGGCAUUUAUGAUGAUUUUGUGAAGUUAAAUUAUAGUGAACCUGUGUCCUACGGUGUUUAUUCCCAGCACUUGACUAAUUUUUUAUACUAUUUUAAAAAAGUAGCAAAGAAAAAAAUGAUGAAAAAUAUUAAUAUGAUCAAGGAACUCUACGAAGAUAAUGAUCUGUUGAAGGGAAUAGUGAAGUUAUUUUAUUUUAGUGAGAAUGUUGCAGGCAUUCGAGAAAAAUUAUCAAGUCAUGAUCAUGCGGACUACAAGAAAACAUGUGAGUUUGUAAAUGAUUGCAUAGAUGUGUACAGAGAUUUUUUAAAUUAUACGUGUCCCCCCGAAUACUAUGAUAGGCUUACCAACAGUACAGUGUGCAAUGAAUUGCAUGUUUUUUUUGAUAACUAUGACAAGAUUCUUUAUCGCCCUUUGAAGAGUCAUAAUCGAUUUGGUUCUUUGAGGGACUACCCCGAUACAGCCAGAGUUAGGUGUGAUUUAGACGAGUCCCUUUACAAGAGCUACCCAAC